AUGACCGUUGCUGAGGGGUUUAGUGAGCACGACAAUGUCGAAAUGGCGAUUGCUGCACCUCCUCGUUCUUAUACGGCCACACCUUUAAAGGGCAUUUCACCUUUCGAACAUGGUCAUGCAACUCCAGAGCCAGUUUCAUUUGCUGUCCCCAACGACUUUUCAGACGCCUCAGUACAAAAAGGACUCAAAAGCAACUCGUGGUUCACUUCGGCAAGUUCUUUCGGUAGCGAGAAAACAGUGCGUCGAAUAGCGUCUGCACCCAACGCCAAACUAUUGAAUAUGACCAAACAACAGCAGCAACAACAACAAGGCAGCUUCCACAGCCUCCGAUUACAUUCAACAGGAGCCACCAGUGCUAACGGAUCCGUCAUAUCAGUGCCAGCAUUGGAACGACUCAGAUCAUGCCGCCGUACGUAUUCGAGUAGCAGCAUCAAGGUGAAAAAGGUCGAAGUCGGGCCCUCUAGUUUCACAAAGAUUCGCAUGCUAGGAAAGGGUGAUGUGGGUAAAGUUUACAUGGUGCGACAAAAGGGAUCAGAUCGGUUAUAUGCAAUGAAAGUAUUAUCCAAACGAGAAAUGAUCAAGCGCAACAAGAUUAAACGAGCACUCGCAGAACAAGAAAUCCUUUCAACAGCCAAUCACCCUUUCAUUGUGACCUUGUAUCACUCUUUUCAAAGUCAAGAUUAUCUUUAUUUCGUCAUGGAAUAUUGUAUGGGUGGUGAAUUCUUCCGAGCAUUACAACUUCGUCCGGGCAAAUGUUUGAAUGAGGAUGGUGCACGUUUCUAUGCUGCCGAAGUCACUGCUGCUUUGGAAUAUUUACAUCUGCAGGGCCACAUUUACCGUGAUCUUAAGCCUGAGAAUAUUCUACUACACCAAAGUGGUCAUAUUAUGCUGACGGACUUUGACCUAAGCAAGGGAUCGCAUCCUCCUGGCAAACCAUGCGUCGUCAAGUCCAACUCACCUUAUACGCCACCUGCCAUUGAUACCAAAAGUUGUGUGAGCAAUCUGAGAACCAACAGCUUUGUUGGCACCGAAGAAUAUAUUGCCCCUGAAGUGAUCAAAGGUUGUGGUCAUUCAAGUACUGUGGAUUGGUGGACUUUGGGAAUCCUUACAUUUGAGAUGCUGUAUGGUACGACGCCAUUCAAAGGAUCCAAUCGGAAUGAGACGUUUUCAAAAAUCAUGCACUUUGAUCCUGUCUUUCUCGAACAACCAGCGCCUUACAAGGUGACAUUAUCCAGCAACUGCAAAAGUUUUAUCCGCAAGUUACUUGUCAAGGAUGAGAAUCGUCGUCUUGGAUCACGUGCGGGUGCUUCUGACGUCAAGGCACAUCCCUUUUUCAAAAACGUCAACUUUGCCUUGCUACGCAAUUGUGUUCCUCCCAUUAUUCCACUGAUACAAAAACCCAAUGGUAUCGAUGCCAUCAACUUUCGAAAGAUGCCUCCCGAGAGUAUGAGCUUGGAUCUCGAUUCUGAUAAUGUCAUGGUAACCUAUGGCAAGGGAGAUGGUGAUCCUUUUCGCAAAUUUGAUUCGAUUACCGUUUAUCAUGAAGGCGAUUCUGAUUCGGAAAUGGAUUUGACAGGCCUUUGA